AACUGCUUUUGACUACGACAUAUGGUUGCAAGUUCGUCUGUAGGAGGACUGCCACUUCAGAAAAACCCAGUAUAGACGCAAACAAAACAAAAACAUCCCACUGGUUCCGACAAGACACGACCGCCUGAAUGCGAACACAUGAACCACGGACUAUGCUCACGUCUGGUAAAGAGAGGCAUUAAGGCUCUGGUAUGCGUCGACUGGCGCCACUUCUGAGUAAGCUCAAGACUCGGGCUCUACAGAAGAAGACGAUUCACCAAGACGAUCACGCCACCGAUCUCAGACGAUCUCUGACCACGUGUCAGCUGACGUUUAUCGGCGUCGGCUCCACUGUUGGCGUCGGCAUUUACCUUCUUGCCGGAGUCGCCGCCAAAGAAUAUGCAGGUCCAGGCGUGCUUGUGUCGUUCGUGCUGGCUGGUGUCGUCACGAUGGUGAACGCAGUCUGUUACGCCGAGUUCGGAGCGAGAGUACCGAAAACCGGUGCACUCUACACAUACGUCUACGAGAGCGCGUGCGAGUUCCUGGCAUUCCAGGUUGCCUGGAUUAAAAUCAUCAUUACAUUGACUGGAGGUGCUAUAACCGCACGUGCAUGGAGUGGCUACGUAGAUUCGCUGUUCGACAACAUAAUACAAAACAAAACCACGCAGUAUCUAGGGAAGGUAACUCUGGGGGAACCAUUCAGCGAGAAGCUGGACUUCCUAGCCUUCUCGUUUGAGCUAAUCGUUAUAGGAGUUAUCUCCCUUUGGGUUCACACGUCUGCCACGCUGACGACAAUACUGGCUGUUGUCAUCUCUUCGGUAUUGGUAUUCGUUACGUCGAUGGGUUUCGUGUAUGGAGACUUCGCCAACAUCGCCAACGUCGAUCAUGGAGGCUUCUUGCCCUUCGGCUUUGCCGGUGUUCUUGCUGGAACGUCCGCCUGCUUCUACGCCUAUUCUGGAUUCGAUACCAUCUGCAUGUCGGCGGAGGAGGCUAAGACUCCAUCCAAAUCGGUGCCACGUGCCAUCUUCCUGGAGAUGGUUCUGGUGACUCUGCUCUAUGCUGGGACAGCAUGUGCGUUGAUCAUGCUAGUUCCCUAUUGGAAGAUCAACACGACUGCUCCGAUUCCCAUGGCGUUCGAUUCACGUGGAAUACACUGGGCGACCUACAUCGUGUCCAUAGGACCUGUUCUAGGUUUCAGCAACCUGGUGAUGGUGAACUUAUUCAACCUGUCUAGACAGAUUUACGUAUUGGCAGCAGAUGGACUCUUUUUCUCUCCCUUUCUGUACAUUAACAAAAGAACGAAAGUGCCUCUUCUUGCCGUCGUCACCCUUGGCUCAAUAGUUGCCUUGAAUGCUCUUCUGUUCGAAAUCAAACACCUCGUGUCUUUCAAUAUUAUUGGAAUGCUCCUCGGGAACAUGGUUACCGGGUGCAUUGUGAUUUUAAAGCGCUGCGAAGAACGGGAAUCCUUGACUACAUUAUCUUCAGAUGAUGUAGACGACCUCCAAGAAAGAAUCACCGAGGAACACACUUCACUGGACAGCGGUGACAGAAUCGGACUGUUUUUCGAAGCGGAACAUAACGGUGACUUGUUAGCAUUAAGGAAGCCUAAAGGCAGUCGAUUGGAGUCGCUGACAAACACUUUAACCAUUCCAGGAAUGUGUAUUAUUCUUGUCGUCACGUGUUUUGGCCUCGCUUUGCAGGUUGUCAAGGGUUACGACGACGUAGCUAGAGGAUCGUGGCUUGCACUGACCACGAUGGCUGUGACAUCUUGUUUGAUUAUUUUCAUUACCAUUCUCUUAAAGAUGAAAUGCCACGAAGCUCAACAUACGGGGUUUAAGGUUGGUUUUUAA